AUGACUCGAUCACCCCGUCUCUACUCGUUUGCCGAUGUUGAAARGGACCUGGCGCCGAACCUCCGGAAGUUUGUCCUCGAGUCGCAGAAUGAGGCUCUGAACCGCCACGGCGUCUUCCGCAUAGCUGUGUCUGGYGGAUCCCUCCCCAAAACGCUCGCCAAAGCAUUGCUGGCUCCUUCUAAUGGGAGCAACGAGGAUAAGACCGAGUUCAGCAAGUGGGAGAUCUUCUACGCCGAUGAGAGGUGCGUGCCGCUCAAUCAUGAGGAUUCCAACCACAAGCUUGUCAAGGAGGACUUGCUUGACAAGAUUCCAGAGGAACUGGGUCAGCCAAAAGUGUUCCCCAUUGACGAGAAACUGGUGGAUGAUCCGCUAGAGAUGGCCGACCAGUACGAGAAGACAUUGGUCUCCGUCUUUGCUCAGCGCGAUUCUGUCAAGCUUCCGCUCUUCGACCUCAUCCUUCUGGGAUGCGGUCCAGACGGCCACACGUGCUCGCUGUUCCCCGACCACCCUUUGCUCCGAGAGACCGACGCAUGGGUCUUGUCAAUCUCAGACUCGCCAAAGCCGCCGCCAAACCGUAUUACCCUCAGCCUUCCGGUCGUGAACCACGGCGCAAAGAUUGGCUUUGUGGCCACGGGUGGAGGAAAGAAGGAUAUUAUGAAGAUGAUAUUUGACACGGAGGAAGGAAGGACGUUGCCGUGUGGUUUGGUGAAUGAGGGCGCCGGGGAAAAGGUGUCCUGGUUUUGUGACAAUGCUGCGUUGGAGUUGGUAAACUUUCCGAAGAGAGGAAGCAUGAUCUAA